UUUGCCUCUGCUCAGCUCUGGAGUUUACCAAACACAGCUUCCAGGAUGAGCCAGCAGGAAUUUGUGGCAUCUGCUUGCAGUUCCAGGCGUGGUGCUUUUCCACAGCCCAGGGCACUCCUGUAAGUGCAGCUGUGUUUUGGGAAGGGAGCAGAGAUCAGCCCGGGCUCUCCCAGCUGGGAUGGGCUUUGGAGCUGCCACCAGGCUGGUUUUCCUCAGCUGCUGCCCAACAGUCUGCAGAUACUUGCUGAGUCCUGGGGGCACCCACUGGGAGCUCUGCUGGCCCUGCAGCUCCUCUGUGCCCCUGUGCAUCAGUGAGAGCUUGUAGCUACAAGCCCUUGAAAUUCCAGGAACUUGAGCCAUAUUCCUCCAGGGAAAAGCAGGGAGGACCUCGUGGGCCAGCAUUAAUUUGUGUGAUACUAAGCUGGAUUUAGAGAGAGAGGGAAAGGGAAGGAGAAACUAAUAAUAAUUACCAAUAAGCCAAAAUAAUGUUAAAUAAAUUUUAGUUAAAUUAGUUUAAAUAAACCAAAUAUUAUUAGAGGCAGGCUUUUGGCAUGCAGUCUUGAAUUGUCAUGUGGUAGUUAUUUGAAAGAUAUUUCACUUGGUGGGAGGGUUUUCUUUAUUUUCUUCACUCAGCCUGUGCCCCUUGGCCUUUAGUCCUGGGCCUCCCUUGGCAUGUGGGUUUUUCUGAGGAGGGUUGUUCUUCCUUUUCACUUUCUUGUGAGACACUCAAGUUCCUCCAGUGCUCAAGAAGCAGCCAGCUGUGCCUUGGGAACGUGGAGCUUUGCAGCCUUAUUUGGGAAGCUGCUUCCCAGACACAGCUCAGCACAGCUCACUGCUGUCCUUCCCCUGCUGAGCAGCACCAACCUCCUUCUAAGAAACUGCACUGCUGAUCCAUCCAUCAGUGAAUUGUGGAGCCCAGGAUUUGUAAGGAAGAGCCUUGAGUCUCCCCAGAUUGUGAGUCUGACUUUUCUGGGAGACUCCCUUGGUGCAAGGACUGAGGAGGCUUUGGCAGGAGCCUGGCACAUCACUGAGCCCAUUCUGAGCACAGCUGGAGCUGGUGGAGUUCUCAGGGAGGUACACAAAGUACCUGUUCAUCCCGGUAUCUGAAUGUUCCCACCAGCCAAAUAGGCUGUGAAGCGCUGGGUUUGGGUUGCAGUCUGGUUUAUAGGCUGUGAAGUGCUGGGUUUGGGUUACACUCUGGUUUAAUGCAGCUUUUGUGGCUAAGGGUGGACCUGCUGAUUUUAAAUACAGCACUAUAAUAUUUCCACAGUGCCACAAUAAGGAAAUCUGUAUUUACAGUGGCCAUACCCAUCUAACAGUUACCAAACAGUGCUGCCUAAAUCUCUACAGUUGAAGCAUUUUCCUUCUGGCUGGCAAGGGCUGCAGCUGAGGAGCUCUGAGGGAAACACCUGGAAAUAUGUGAAGGAGGGGAAAGUGGGCACAGCCCUCCCUGUUCCUGUGUCAGAACAAACUGCUACUUCAGCAAAAGUUCAGGGAGUGAAAGGAGGAAAAAAUUCAGGGGAGUGCAACCCAGUCAAGCCAACUUUAUCUCCUAGGAGACUACUGAGACAAGUAUGUUGCUUGUAACACCUACAAGAAGACAAGUAGAGGUAUUUGCCAUCUUCAGCUAAUCUGAUUCCUCCUCAGACUGAGCUGGGAAUGGAUUCGAGAGCUUUGAAGAGCUGGAUCAGGAUCAAAACAAGCUCUAGAAAUUGACCCAAUGGGCUGAACAAAACCCAGUGCAGUUCUGGAAGGAGAAAUGUAGAAGUUACAUUUAGGUGGCUGCUGUGGCUCUGAUGAGAAGCAAUAUGUGUAUGGAGGCUGGGCCUGGGCUUGGUGGUGCAUUACUGACACCCAAAGAGUGUCUUUGGAGGUUUUGACCAUCCUCUGUCGCUGCGAGAAUGUUGAGACGUCGGAGGGGGUGCCCCUGUACGUAACAGGGGUUGCACAGGAUUUCCCUAGAGAUAAUGACGUUACAGCCCAGGUGUGAGGACGUAGAGACGGCGGAGGGGGUAGCUAUAACUGUCACAGGUGUGGCACAGGUGAAGAUAAUGACCGAGAAGGAGCUCCUGGCUGUGGCCUGUGAGCAGUUCCUGGGGAAGAACGUGCAGGAGGUGAAGAACGUGGUCCUGCAGACUCUGGAGGGACACCUGCGCUCCAUCCUGGGUACCCUGACAGUGGAGCAGAUCUACCAGGACAGGGACCAGUUUGCCAAGCUGGUGCGGGAGGUGGCAGCUCCCGACGUGGGUCGCAUGGGGAUCGAGAUCCUGAGUUUCACCAUCAAGGAUGUCUAUGAUAAGGUGGAUUACCUGAGCUCCCUGGGGAAGACUCAGAUUGCAGCUGUCCAGAGGGAUGCAGACAUUGGAGUGGCAGAAGCCGAGCGGGAUGCUGGCAUUCGGGAGGCAGAGUGCAAGAAAGAAAUGCUGGAUGUCAAGUUCAUGGCAGAUACCAAAAUAGCAGAUUCCAAACGGGCUUUUGAGUUGCAGAAAGCUUCCUUCACUGAGGAGGUCAACAUUAAGACUGCAGAGGCCCAGCUGGCCUACGAGCUCCAGAGCGCCCGGGAGCAGCAGAAGAUCCGUCAGGAGGAGAUCGAGAUCGAGGUGGUGGAGCGCAAGAAGCAGAUCGAGGUGGAGGAGAGGGAGGUGCUGCGCAUGGAGAAGGAGCUGACGGCCACCGUGAAGCAGCCGGCCGAGGCCGAGGCCUACCGCAUCCAGCAGAUCGCCGAGGGCGAGAAGGUGAAGCAAAUCCUCCUGGCUCAGGCGGAGGCAGAAAAGAUCCGCAAGAUCGGCGAGGCCGAGGCCUUCGUGAUCGAGGCCGUGGGGAUGGCGGAGGCUGAGGGGCUGAAGCUGAAAGCAGAAGCGCUCCAGAAGUACGGAGAAGCUGCCCAGCUGGCUCUAGUGCUGGAUGCACUGCCUGAGAUCGCUGCCAAAGUGUCUGCUCCCCUCUCCAAAGUGGAUGAGAUCGUUAUUCUCAGCGGAGAGAAGGGCAGCACCAUGUCUGAUGUGAACCGUCUCCUGGCUGAGAUCCCCAACUCCGUGCGUGCCAUCACUGGUGUGGAUCUCACAAAGCUUCCUCUGUUCCAGAGAGCCACCGAGGCCAAGGAAUGAGGUUGGCCAACCCAAAGCUAGUGAAGAUCACUCCCUGUUAUGCACUCAGACAUCAGCUGCCUUCAACACAUGGGAAUUCCUUUUAUAUCAAAGACAAUCCGAGUUUUGUUUGUAACUGGUGCCUUAUUUUGUAGGGCCAGAAAAAUGCAUGUCCUGUCUGCUGCUC